AUGCAGGGGGCUCGUCCCGACAGCGAGCUGACGGGCAGGGGACGUGGCGGUGCCCGGGAGAACCCGGAGGGGUGUCUGCAGGCCCGGCCGGUCUUCAGCCCUGCAUCCGCUGCGCAUCAGGGCACCGCCCCUGCCCUCCGCAUCAGAGCGGCCUCUGUUCACCAGGGCAGAGUAGCCGCGGGAGGGGACCCGCUCUGCCCUGGACUCACUGUUGGGUGCCAGGCCCCGCCCCCUGCAGCCUCCUGGGAGAGCCCCCAUCUCUACUGGAGCGGGAAGACGGGCGGGGCGGGGCGGGGGGUGGGGGGAAAUGACGCGCCGGGGAAGGAAGUGCAUCACCACAGGAAAACGGAAUGGCUCCGGCCCCACCGUCGGGCCUCCGGAGGAAGCCUCGCUCAGCUCCUUGUCUCCCGCCGGCUUGGCCGGCCCUGGGGACACCUGACCCACUUCCCCGAGGCUGCGUUGCGACGGAGCGUCUUUGGUGAACGGCCCAGCCCGGGUCGUGCAGAGGGCGGCUCCCUCACCUUCGGAGCUGGCGACGUGUGUCCCGAGCAGGGGGCCCCAUCUUGCUCGGGCCCGGCGUGGGGAAGCGAGGCCCGGGGCCUCCGGGGGAGGAGCCCAGGGCCUGGCUGGCAUCCGGCCUGGGGCCUGAGGCGCAGGGCCGGAGGCGGCCACUGGGUCUGGAGGCUCCUCCACGUGGACCCGCCGGCCAGCUCCUCGAGUGAGCGCACUGCCCCCGCGUCCGAGUCACGGCGGUGGCUCGGCCCACGGGGGAAGGCUGCUCCUGGAGGGGGAGACCCUGACGCAGUCUACAGCCUCGCAGCGGCUUUGCACUUGACCUGGGGGAAGGCUGGGCUGCCUUGCCGCCUUCUCUUUUCCUGCUCUUCAAUCACCUGGCUGCAGGACACGCUCUCCGCACGCGUGAAAAACAGCACUUUGUGGACCUCGCUUGGCCACGCAGAGACAAGAAAAUCCCCCUGCUCAGCCUGGAGGAGGAAGUGAUGGUAGAAGCAUGACGUCUCCUCGAGAAAUACAAAGAAGCUCUUCGGCCUCUCCCCACUUUUCUUUGGAUAAUAAAACCAUAGCCCACUAA